UAUCGGGCACACGAUUACCACAAACACACCGGUCACAAACACAGGCCAUUUAUAUUACCGCUGUGUGCGUUUCUUUUGCGCACAAGUAAAACCAUGGUAUCACGAUUUCUUGAUGGGUAUAUUCAAAAUGCACAUGAGCUAUAUCACACAGCAUGAAAUAUGCAUGUGCGAGAUGUGGCUAGUAGUAGUAAGAAUAUUAACCCCGUUUACCGAUGAGUGCAUGAUAACCGGCGAUUUUCGGUGAUUUGGCAAUUUGGGUGGAAUUCGUGUUGAUUCACCGAAAAGAGUUAAUCAGUUCCUUAUUAGUAUUAUCAUGUUUGGAGAUUUAUUUGGCGAAGACGAGACAUAUUCUGGCACGAACCAAAAUUCGCCCGAGCGAUUCAGCGGAAAGGAUGGGCCCCAACAACCCCCCUUGCUCCGGGGAAGUACCGGCCUGGCGGGCAUCGCAAACCAGGGUGCAACUUGUUAUUUGAAUUCACUUCUUCAGACAUUGCUCUUCACACCAGAAUUUAGAGAAUCUCUCUUUGCUCUGGGACAAGAUGAACUGGGAAAUAUUGCAGAUAGGGAGAAACCAGGGAGUAAGGUGCGAGUUAUUCCCAUCCAUUUUUUUCAUAAGCAUUUUUAG